AUGGCCAGACAAAGAAGAUCAGCUCCAGCUCCAAGAGCAAGAACUCAAACUAGAUCAGCCCACACCGCCGCUGCUCCAGCUGCUGCCCCAGCUCAACCACAUUACCCAGCUGCUCAUCCAACUGCCCCACCAGUACAACAAGCUCAACAACCAGGUUUAUUCGCCCAAAUGGCUUCCACUGCUGCGGGUGUAGCCGUUGGUUCCGCUGUUGGUCAUACUAUUGGUGCUGGUAUCAGUGGUAUGUUUGGUGGUUCUUCUGCCCCAGCUGAAGCUGCUCCACAACAACAACAAGUUGCACCAAUGCAACAAACUCAACAAUAUCAAGAACAAGCUAAACAUUGUGAUGCAGAUGCUAGAAGUUUCACCAGAUGUUUGGAAGAAAACAGUGGUAAUAUGCAAGCUUGUGAUUAUUACUUACAACAAUUAAAAGCUUGUCAAGAAGCUUCUAGACAAUACUAG